CAUGAAGGUGAAGGGCGAAUAUAUUUCCCUAUCCUCUGCCAGGGGGCGUGGGGUGUUUACUCUCUUUAGGAGUAAUUUUUAACACUGGAAAUCCAAAUUUUUCAAAUUAAAGGAAACCGAAAAAAGUAAAGAUGUUUUCUACUUUGAUGACGGAACCCCACGAUUCCCUUUCUAUUGGACUGAUAAGCCCCAACUUAUCCAUAAUAUUCCCGAAUCCUCUCUUAGCCCCGAUGAGAAAUAUGAGGUUGAUUUCUUAUCCACAAUUCAUUUGAACCUUUAUGAUUUCUAUGAAGCAUUCAAGAAAAGAAACUUAUCCUAUUUUGUUGCGAAGAUGUCUCGCCUUUCUGAAGACGAUAUUCUCCGCUUCCGCCGCGAGCAACAGGCGUUGAAGAAAAAGCAAUCUCCUGCCAAGUCCCUAACCGAACCUGAAGGGAGUCACUCUGAGACGGAGAAGAAUCCAGCCCCGAAAAGAAGAAAGAAAAACCAAAGUUCUGAAAAGAUUGCUGAGAAAGCCACCAUUCAAACUCCGCUGGAAAAAUUCACAACCAAAGGGGCGAACCAAUAUGGUUCCUCAAGCGCUCCACCUCCCUCGUGGAAGAACGAACUGAAAGAAUUUGAGGACAUGACUUCAGAAGAAAUUACUUCCUUAUGGGAUUCCCGCAUCAACUUCAACUCUCUUGUGGAGACCAACCUUGUAUUUGAAGCUGAUAAGGAAAAGAUGAGGAAAGUUGGGCUUCAAGAAGCCUGCCAUGCCGUCAUGACUAAAAGUUUGGAAAUUGCUGCCAUUUCCAAGAUGAUAGAAAUUGAGUCCAGCCACUUUGAUGGGCUUUCUAACGCUAAGAAGCUGGAAGACAAAGAAAAAGAAAAUGAAAAGCUGAAGUCCACAAUGAAGCUGUUGGAAAAAUCUAACAAGGCCAACGAGAAGAAAGCCGCUGACCUGGCUUUAGAACUUGAAAAAUUGAAAAAGACUGUGGAAGAAGGUGAAGCCUUACUGAAGGCGAAGGAAGAAGAAACACAAAAAAUGAAGGAAGAGGCGAACUCCUUGGCCUCAGAAAAACAAAUUUUGAACAAGACUGUUGAUGAUCUUACUGCCGAAACGGCAUCUUUGAAAGCCUCCAUUCUUUCCCAACUUGAGGCUGGCUUUAACAAAGCUAAGGAGCAAAUCUUGUUCCUAAAUCCUGACGUGCCUAUCAAGACUGAAGGCGUUGAUCCUUAUGCUAGGAUCAUUGAAGGAAAAUUAAUCACGCCCAACUUUGACGAGGAAGAAGAAGAAGAACAAGAACAAGAAGAAGAAGACAAGGAGAACAACAACAACAACAACAACAAAGAGGGCGAAGGGGAAAGCAAUUGAUCCUUCCUAAGAAAAACUGAAAUGAUGUUUUGUUCCCGUUGGUCUUAUACCAAACGGUUGACUUAGUUUCCUGCUUUUUAUUUCCUGCAUUUCCCGCUUUCAAUUAAAUGUAACGCCCCCCUCUAGUAUUAA